AUGAACUCUGGUGCUAACUUACAGCUGGGUGGAUAUGUUUUGGUCCCGAAAAGCGAAAUCUGGGAGGGUGUCGAUAGAAAUCCUUGGAACAAAACUGCUUUCGAAGCUUUGAGGAAGCGAGCGGAUGCUGCCGGCAAAGUGAUAAUCGCCCAGUUCGAAACAGAGUUCCAAACAACCCUCGACAAGGCUACCUUCAUGAAGUCUGCCAGAGAGUUCCUGAAAGAUUACCCUGUUGACGGUUUCGGUUUGAACUUUCCGGUAUGGCCCAAUGAAUACCAAGUUAGGAGGGAUUUUUUUGCGGCUGCUAGAGAGCUCAAGCUGCGGACGUCGUUAUCGGUCUUGUCGUCUGAUUUGCCAAAACUCGAACAAUCCGGCCUAGGGAAGGAUAUUGAUGAAGUCGUAGUCACUCCGUGGCCAAGUAGCGAGAAAGAGUCCAUAAAAAGCUUCAAUACGGACAGUUUCGCCGAAGACGUUAUCAAAGGUGCCGUCAAAGCUGGUGUAGAUCUCAAUAAGCUGAUUUUUCGCGUACCACUACUCGCGAAGGCUGACUACGGUAGCGCGGACAUGUCAUACGCGAAUGCGAUCUACGACCUUGGUGCGGACCCUAGGGGAAACGGAUCAUUCCUCUACUCGGGGGGGUUCGGUUAUUAUUUCUUUUCACAACCUCGUGCAAGUGAGAAAGUUGCCCUGGCCAAGAAGUACGGACUGCUCGGCAUUGGACUACAAGGCGGCAAAAAUUAUGUCAAUGAUCUGUACCCUUGGGACACGGACUCCUUGUUUCACGCUAUUGCUUAA